AAGAAAUAUGGCGGGCUGUACUUGCAGUUUUGAAAGAUUGUGAACCUUGUUCUCGAGAUUUUUUGGUUUAUUUCUGAAAGAUUUAAUGUAGAAUGUCAGAAGAAACAUCGAAUCAGAACAGUGGGGAUGGGAGCGGUAAUUUAGUUGCCCCGCAAGAUAUAUUGCCGCUAUUCUUUACCAGUAAAACACAGCAAAUAUUUGGAUGCAUAGCUGACGAAGAUGUGAAUGCGGAAAAUCCACACAAGGUUAUUCCAAAAGAAACCAUUUUACAAGAUUUUAAGGACAGAGCAGCAGUUUCUGAUUUUCAUCCUGCAAAAAAGAUUGUUUUGGUAUGUAUAUAUUUUUAAUGCAACAAAUUAUUCAAUAUGUCAAUGAAGAUAUCUGAAUAUUUCUGAACCAGAAAAUUAAUAACAAACAAUGAAACAUACCACUGUUCAUUUCAAAGUUUAAAACUUCACCAUUUAUGUUCUCUCCGUUUUCAUUCUUAGUACAUACAGACUUCACAGUUUAAAGAAUGUAAAACAAGUUGAAUAAUUUCACACAUUUAUAAUAACAAAGUGUCUAUUCAGGCAGCUAUUUAGUAAACUGCCGGCUAUAUAGUGACUAUAGUUAAAUAUAAAAACUUUUGUUUGCGCUAGUCUUUACUGAGUUUGCCGUUAGGGCGUUGCGUUCGGGAAGUGAAAUGCAGUCUGGAUCGGGUUGUGUUUUGUCUGACUUUGACCCCGUUUACACAGUAUCAGACAAAUUUGGAACCGGGUUAAAAUUCGUCCGUUUUGGCCUUCCGUUUUCACGAGAACUACGGAAACGGAUGAAUUUGAGACCCCCUAACAGGAUGAAUUUGUGUGUAAACAGGCGAAAAAGGACAAAUUUCAGACCGGUCCCAAAUCCAUCCGGUACCGUGUACAUGGGGUCUUAGCAUUUUUUUUCUUAAAAUUUUUUAAACUUUUUCCUGCCUUUUCUAACUCUCAAAAGGUUAGGUUAGGGGUUACGGUUAGAGAAGGGUUUGGGGUUAGGAUUGGUUUAUCUUAUAAAAAUUCAACUUUAACUAUAGUCACUAUAUACUCGGCAGUUUACUAAUAUUGCAGGCUGUAUUACACACUUUGUUAUAAUAAAUAUCUUCAAAAGUGUCACAAAGCUUUUCCAAUCCAAUCCUUUAAUUGAAUUGCUCUUGCAGCCAGUCUCUUACAAAAUUAAAAUCCUUAACUUUCUUUAAAACACUGUCCAACAAUUCUGCCACAAUUGGUGUGCUGGCCAACAUGCAGGCAUUGUACAAAAAUAGGUAUGCUAUUUAAUAUAUAGUGUACAUGGUAUCUACUGGUCAUUUGAAGCCAGAACCUCGAAUCACACAAAGAUGUUUUAAUGCUAUCAAACGCAUGAUUAUUAUGAUGACACAUUUUAUUAGAAUGAUGAUAUAGCCUAUUAUACAUAUUACAGAAAUAUACAGGUUACUGAAAACCUUUACUAAAUAGUAGCUUUCGUCGCAAAAUAGUAUGACAGUAUAGCUGCAUUCUGUUCUUUAGUGUUUUACAUAUGUUUGCCAAUUGCAGGGGCACCACUAAAUGGGGGUAUGGGAAGGAGGGUGGAACACCACCAGUUGUCUGGUAGCUAGUUGUCUGUAUAUCACAAGACUACGUAUAAAGUAUUCUGCCAGACUAUAAAACUCUAAAUGUUUACUGGCCAUCAUUGGUCAGCAAAACAAGUAAAUUAUUAGGAUCUGGACAUUUGUCCCACACCUGGUGACAUGUAAAUGUUAAAUGGGGUAACACAAUACUAUAAUUGUUCAACCUCCAUAUGUCUGUAUCAGACAUUCCAACUCUCCCGAUUUUACUGGGAGUCUCCCGAAAAUUCAUGCAAUCUCCUGGUCUCCCGAUUUUUAUGAAAUUCUCCCGAUUUUUCAGAAUAUUCAGGAAAUAUCAUUAAAAAAUCAUAAAUAUACUGUUUUUAGCACCAUAAUAGUCUGUCUUGACCUUUUUAUGAAGUUACUUUAUGGCAAUUUAUGGGAUCACUUAUAACAACAUACUCCCAAAAUGCAGGAAACGCCAUUUCAGAAGACUUAAUUUUUAUUAUUUUUUCUCAGAAGAACUAGAUUUCAAUUCAUUGAACAGUCUCCCUAAAUUUUACGUCGAGUAGUUUGAAUGUCUGCUGUAUACGUUUACAUUACUCAGUAGAACUAAUUUUCAUUUUAGGUUGUAAAUCAGAAAUUAUAAUGAAAAUAUUUUAGGCAUCUUGCUAAUUAUGCACAUGAUCCCCAAUAGGUUUAUAAAAAAAUAAACUAUUACGAUUAUGUCACCAAUUGAAUACACACGAUUUAAAGCAAAAUCAGUAGAAUUAACAAUAAAUAUGUUAUAUAAUAACUACAGUGAAACACGCAAUCUGAUUGGUCAAUACCCGUACAGAGUGGCAAGUUCACCAAAACAGUGAACAAAGCCAAAUGUUUACAAUAACUACAGAGAGUGAAUUAACUUGACCAUUCUUCACUGUAGUUAUUUUAUAAAACAAUUAAUUGAAUUUUAUCGUGGCAAUUGCCAUAGUCGGGCGUAGAGGGAGAACAAAAUGCCGUGGAUCAUUGCGGCAACAACGCGGAAAUUUUUUGCCGUAUAGUGUAAUUUUUAUACUAUUCACUGUGCAUUACUAUUUUGAUACUUGAAUUCAGAUGUUGAUCAAAUCAUGCGUAAGUUACUAUUUUAGUCUCAGUUUUCGAAAAAAAAACACUAAAGAAAUACGUUACGUAAACAUGUUUCUAGAUUGUCAACAAUCCAAAGUAACAAUAAAAUUAAAUUUUUAUUACAGUAAUUUGAAAAAAUGCCGUGGAAACUGCCAAAAUUGCCGUAGACAACUGUUACGUUCUACGGCAAUUUUUAACACCAUUGCCGUCGAUUGAUUUCAGGGAAAUUCGAGGCCUGAGGCAUUGUAUGCUCUAAAAAGUCAGAACAGCUUACCUCGAUACUGAAAAAAUGUAAUUUAAACUUGGCUACUAACUCUUGACGAAGGGCCUUCGCUCGAAACGUCGAGUUUCUGCUUAUUUCUUAAAGGUAGUAAUAUAACCACUCAGCACAGCAUUUUCACAUUGGUACUACCCACACUGGUACAGACAGUUUUAAUUUAAACUACUUGUCUUUGUUGGAAUUUGCAUAUAUACAUACAUACAUACAUACAUACACACUUUAUUUAGCGAUGCUAGCGCCAACAACUACAAAAGUUGAUUUCCACGGCGGGGCACGGGAGGCGUCGAUAUAAAAAAUAUUACAAAGAAUAUAAAAAGGAAGGAAACUAUAAAUCUACUACAAUAUGUGCAUUAUCAAAAGCUACGGUAAACCACGAUGGUGUGUCCCAGAUAAAUAUAUGAUUAAGUGAAUCCACACUCGGUUAUUAACAUCAAAAAUUUUGUUUUAUACAACUUUUGAAUAUAUAAAUUGAUUGAGCUUGCUUAGCUUCAAGUGCACUGUUGGAAGUUGGUUUUUGUGCCAAUAUUGUUUAUGCGAUGAAAUAUUUCGGCCUGAUCUGAACACAGUUUGAUCAAGUCGGAUUCAGACCAGAAUUCAGAGGUUGAAUGAAAUUAGCCUUUCUUACGCCGCCAUUUUUGGGUGGCUUUUCAGCCGAAGUCUGCGAGAUAAGUCCACAUAACAACGACUUAUUAUAAUUUGUGGACGAAUGAUGGUAAAAUUGUUUGAUAAAUGGUUAGUUUAUUUUGAAAAAUUGCUUUUCACAUUGUUUUAAUUGUCUGCAUUGGUUAAAGUGUCCCUGUCACAAAAUGAGAGUUUAUAUUUUCGAAAUCUAUGAUACAAAAUAUACGGAAAUUCGAAAACGGAAUUGAAAUUGCUUUUUUAGUGUAAAAGUUAUUGCCGUUUAAACAUUGAAUUUGGCCUUGUGAAAAAUCUGAAAACCGCGCAAAAGGGACUGGGACGAAACAAUGCGUGUGACGUAAUAGUAGGAACUUAUGUAGCUCACUAAUAUAGAAAUACUAUUGCAUGUACUAUCAUAGAGGAGGCAAUAGCGCAAAUAAAAGUCACGAAACUGAAAAAUUGCCGAAUAUAUGUGUAGUAGGCGGUUGUUCUAAUGUCACAGAUACAGAGUAAGGCAUUUACUUCAUUUUAUACCUUUUACUGGAAGCGAGAUGCAUGAAGCGAAAAGGACACGGAUUGACUUAUCCAAUGUUCAGCAUACUUUGCGAAGAUAGAGCUUGCUGGUAAAACCACAGUUAGCUACCGACGAAAUUGGUUUCGUUGCAAUUCCAAAAUAUACAAAUACUGUCGACGACAAACCUUUGUCUGCGAGAGCCAAGAGAAUGGUAUAUGUAUAAUUUAUACUCUAAUUUCGUUUAUCAUGAAUUUUUAUUCCAAAUUCGUUAUUUGAAUAGGUUGUAUUUAGAAGCUGCUUCGAUGCAGUCAACCAAUAUGGUCAUAGUCACGAAACUGGAAAGCGCGAUAAAUAUAAAUGAGCCACAGCCAAUGGAUUCACCAGAAAUAUAUCGCGACAAUAUAGCUAUGACUAUGAGUGAAUAUGGUCAAAAUAUAGCUGAUGAAAGCCAAUUUCUUACAUCUACAAGCAAUGUGCACUGUUUGUAUUUUAGUUUAGACAGGGAAAGUAGAAUUGUACGUAUAAGUAAACUUGACGCAGUAAAUUAUACAUAUAUACACUCGUUGUGUUUGCACCGCGGUGAAAACCCGUACAAUAUGCAGAUUUUGUAACAAAUUGUGGCAUGAAACCACAUACACUGCGGGGGUGUAUAUAAAAUGUAUUACAAAGUAUAAUCCAUUGAAGCAACUUAAUGAAAUAACUUAGUCAUUGCCACAUUUGCUAUAGUAUAAGGCAGUGCCUGGAACGAAAUACAAGUCAGAAAAAUUCCUAAACGUGCUGCAACACUUUGUACAAAUUAACCCGCGCCCACGAAGUGCAGAAAAACAUCAGAUACAAAUCUUAAUCUCAAAUUUCAGUCUCUUUGGCAAAACAGUAUUGAAGUCAUGAAUAUAGCAAAUGUGCUGUUUCUAUACGCAAUACAGUAUAAUAUUACCACGUUUAUACAGUGUAAUAGGUUUAUUUAUUGAAAAAUAGUUAUAUAAUAUCAAGAGCUGUUCUCUACAAAUCCUACAAAGUCUUCAUCAACAGCAGGCAUUAUUUUCUCAUAUGCGCAAAAAUUUCCUAGUUGUCCAUAAACCAUCCACACAAAGUUUCUAUAUGCUGUGCUCCUUCAGAAUCUAUAAAUUAAUAAAUAAGUAUUUUUAAUAAGUCGCUUACUUGCAUGUGAACACAUGUAAAUAUAUAAUAAUUCAAUAAUUGUACAGUAUGUACCGUAUAUAAACUCUCAGUUACCGUACCGCAUGCGUGUGUUCACUGAUAGUAAACUCGGGUACGGUAAAGUGUUUCUUAAUUUCAAUAUGUUGAUAAAUAAAACUUUAUUUACCUAUCUUCUGUGCUUGUUUGACGGUAUUCCUGUUUCUUUCUUGUUCGUAAUUUCGUGGCUGCUGAACGGAGAGCUCACUUAUCUAGCCAUAGCUGUUGAAUUAUACAUGAUGGCGCGACUUCAGCUUCUUGCAUCACAAAUCACAAUGUCAUUGUAUAGAGAAUCGACGCACUCCUCAAUUUCCAUACAACAUUGACACUCUUUAGCAUAAUUUACGAAGCAGUUCAAUGCGACAAUUGCCAUGUUUACACAUGAAAUAUUAUAGUUUGUAAUUUACAACACAAGGUCAAGUCACGCAACAAAAUCAGAGUGAAAUAUUUACCAUUUACUCAACUCUUCUGAACUAUCAAGCCUUUGUUGUAAUUGCUUAAGACGUUCGUUGUGAUUGCUUUUUUUCGCGGUAACGUUUGAGCCAUCUUCGUCGGUCACUGCAUGGUUCAUUAACAUAUGGAUCAAGCAGCGCCGAUCAUUUGUGCGCACGACGUUGACCACGCUUCACUGGUGUUUUCAUCGAUUUCACUCGAUUUGAUACGGCCCAGGAAUAUAAUUUCAGGCAGUCAUCGCUUUGGUAACUGUUAUUUUCCGUAACUGAACUCCACGAAGACAUUUGUAUCGAAUUUUGACCAGCUUGAUUGUGAUUCUCACUUAGUAUUUAUAUACUUUUCACUUAGGCGAGAAGGCAAUGUCUUCCUACUAUGACGUAUUAGUUACCAAUUUCCCAGCUUCGCGGUUUUCAAAAACUUUUGCCGUUAAAAUUUGAAAUUUUCAAAAUUCAUUGCCUUAUUACUCUGUGAAAACAAGCUCAAUUUUAAAUCUGUUUUGUAUUUUCAUAAUCUACGUUUCAAGACGAUUCUAAUGAUGUAAACUCUCAUUUUGUGACAGGGGCACUUUAACGAGAAUUAGAUGCCAGGUAAAAAUGGCGGAUAUUGAGGGCGUACCAUCCGUGAAUUUCGUGAAUGCAACCGUGUGGUUGUGAUAAAAUAUUCCUGUGUGAAAGCCGGUGAUAGUUAGGGUAAGAUACUAGUCCCAAGAAAAUCCGUCCAUCGGUGCUAUUCGUCCGAUCAGUCCAUCCGUGACGGAUGGUAAGAUUGGUGAAACACCAUUGGUCUAGAGGCACCUCUAAGGUAGCCCCCAGAUAAUCUGUCCAUCGGUGCUAUUCGUCCAAUCGGUCCAUCCGUGACGGAUGGUCAGAUCGGUGAAGAGGCUGUGCUCUGAAGGUUAUAUAAUGGUUGAAGUUACGAAGUUCUCGCAAUGUUUUUAAAGAACGAAGCAAUUUACGAAUGGAACGACUGGUGACGGGUGGACCGAUUGGACGAAUAGUACCAUUAGAAGUAUUAGACAAAAUGUUUGCGUGAGGUGGCAGGAUAUUAACCUGCAAAAUGUCAAGUUACGGCAACAUCUGCUGAUGCGUACCGAUGAUCACGACGCUUGUGAGACCAAGUCGGAGAUAUCAAGUUACGAAUCUCUCCAUGCGUACCGAUAGAGUAGAUUCGACAGUAUUGGACAUGUAUGAUUGGGUCGAUCGAUCUUGUCCUGAUGCUCUUUACUCCUCGGAUCAGUGGCCAAGAGCCCUUUUCAUCAUUGCAUGCAAUAACAAUUAUACAUUUUUGUUUUGGCAAAAAGCAAUAAUUAGGAUUGGGCGAUAUUUUAAUAUACAUAUAUCGAUUUAAUCGCAAUAUUUUCAAUCAACUUUUCAAUCAACAGUUCUUGGCAUGUUCUUCCCCACGCCUCUUCAUUCGUUAUCAACCUCGUACCCCGGGUCUUUCCUCUUGGGGAGCAAAGCAGCCUAGUCCCUAGGCCUCUUAGUACGCCUAUUUCGCGUUUCCGCAUAUUAAUGAGGUGACGCGCGCGUUUCGCUCGGUGACGUCACGGAAAUCAAAAGCGUGCACAGAGGACUUGGGACUAGUCUGGGAGCAAAGACCCUGGUAGACGCUGGUCACGUGAUCUGCUAAAAUCUAGCAGAUUUCUAAUUAACUAUCUUGGUUUUCUUUACGACAAUCAUACAAAAUGCAAAUUAUAAAUUAAACUAUCAAAAUAAUCCAAAUAUCAAAUGUUUAUUAACCUCAUCUUGGAUUGCUAAUUAGAAAUCUGCUAGAUUUUAGCAGAUCACGUGACCAGCGUCUACCAGGGUCUUUGCUCCCCAAGAGGAAAGUCCCUGGGUACGAGGUUGAUUCGUUAUUUGCUUUACGUAGGAAAUAUAUCAUCCAGUAUUUUGCUGUCGCUUUAUCGUUUCACAUGCAUAAAGCAACACAGUUGUUUCAUAAAUUUUAAUCUUGGUUUUUAAAUUCAACAUCUUGUAUCUCCCAACCCUGUACAUUGCGCCAGAUGUAGUACUUGCGACUACUACUUCAGUAGUUUAGUUUUCUCUGUAAACCGUUGCUAGUGGCGUUUCUGAGAUACUUGAAACUUUUUACUUCAUUUGUUUUUCUGCCUAUUCCCACUUUCACUACAUUUUUUUUUAUUAAAACGCAGUCCAAAUUUGCUCAUGUCUUGUCUAGUUUUGUUUGUGGCACCAGGGCUCGAAAUAGCGGGCUGCCAAUGGCCAAAAGCAGGCCAUAUUUUGGAAAUGGCAAGCAAAAACAAAUUUGAAGCGUUUCGCUCGGUGACGUCACGGAAAUCAAAAGCGUGCACAGAGGACUUGGGAUUAGUCUGGGAGCAAAGACCCUGGUAGACGCUGGUCACGUGAUCUGCUAAAAUCUAGCAGAUUUCUAAUUAACUAUCUUGGUUUUCUUUACGACAAUCAUACAAAAUGCAAAUUAUAAAUUAAACUAUCAAAAUAAUCCAAAUAUCAAAUGUUUAUUAACCUCAUCUUGGAUUGCUAAUUAGAAAUCUGCUAGAUUUUAGCAGAUCACGUGACCAGCGUCUACCAGGGUCUUUGCUCCCCAAGAGGAAAGUCCCUGGGUACGAGGUUGAUUCGUUAUUUGCUUUACGUAGGAAAUAUAUCAUCCAGUAUUUUGCUGUCGCUUUAUCGUUUCACAUGCAUAAAGCAACACAGUUGUUUCAUAAAUUUUAAUCUUGGUUUUUAAAUUCAACAUCUUGUAUCUCCCAACCCUGUACAUUGCGCCAGAUGUAGUACUUGCGACUACUACUUCAGUAGUUUAGUUUCCUCUGUAAACCGUUGCUAGUGGCGUUUCUGAGAUACUUGAAACUUUUUACUUCAUUUGUUUUUCUGCCUAUUCCCACUUUCACUACAUUUUUUUUUAUUAAAACGCAGUCCAAAUUUGCUCAUGUCUUGUCUAGUUUUGUUUGUGGCACCAGGGCUCGAAAUAGCGGGCUGCCAAUGGCCAAAAGCAGGCCAUAUUUUGGAAAUGGCAAGCAAAAACAAAUUUGAACUGCCAAGUGGAAAUUCUAUACAUAUAUUUCAUUUCAUUUGCUUACCACAACUCAUAUAUACUAGAUCAUUUAGUUGACUAAAUACGUUUAUAUUUGAAAUGCAAAUCCAAGUUUUCUGUAGUAAAAUAAACAAGUUUAAAAAUAAUAAAAAUGCAUAUCAUGAAAACAUUGAUUUCUACAAUACGACUCAUAUGAGACAUCGCCAUUUUGGCAGUUCAAUGAAUAAAAAUGGCAGGCUAAAAUUUAUUUCACUUGGCAAAAUUUUUUAGACUGGCAGGCCAUAUUUUUUCUCCUCGAUCUACUUCGAGCCCUAGUUGGUUUGUGUAUCUUUGUAAUUCUCCUUCAUUCACUUUCAUAACAAUGACAAAUCAUCCGCAAAAUCCAGUUCACACAAUUUAAUUCAUACCGUGUUCAGACCAUAGAUAUCUUAUAUACACUACAUAGUGCAUCUAAUUAUUCUGCAAUACAAAAUUUGAAGCCGUGAUUGUAGACUCAGGACAUUCCCAUCAAAUGAGAAGACUCGUAUGUUUUCUAUUUCUUAAACAGGGAACUUAAACAUUAAGUUAAACCUAUCCCAAAUACAUUUUCAAACUAUUCAAAUGAUGAAAGUUGUUGUUGUUUUUUAAGUGUGGCAAUUUUUUUCAAUUUUACUAAAAGAGAUGCGCUAUCUAGUGUAUAUAUUAAAGAUAUCUAUGGUUCAGACCGAAUCCUUCCUUCUCACCUUUGAACACUGAUAGAACAAAAACGGCGAAAGCACGCACGUCCAUUGGUUUGACCCGAAUGGAAAUUUCAAUAUCGGCCCCCAGUGAGAAUAAUUAUACGCUACCUGUACAGUACAUGAAAAAUGCGGGGCCAUCUGGUUGUAUACAGAACUUAUAUGCAGAUACGUAGAAGUACUAUAAAUGAAUGAGAGCACCGUAGUGUACUUUAAACUCCUUGAUUUCUAUGUUAGGAAAAUAUUUUAUUCACAUACUGCACGCAUGAACUGGUUCUAAUUGACCACCUUUUUCAAUUUUGCAUUUUUAUCCAUCUUUUAGGACUACCCUGGUGAGGAAUUAUUAGUUGUGUAUGAUGCAGAUUUCAAAUAUGGACAAAACUUUUAUCUCUGCACCACAGAAGAAUGUAAAGAAAAGAUUUUACAUGUGAGUAGUUGCUAUACAAAAUUUAUGACUUAGGUCAUUGCCUGAUGGAAAAAUUGUUACUAUAGGCAGAAAUGGGAGAUGAAACAUUUUAGUAAUUCAUACCUGUAUUACAUGAUGACAUUAAUGUGACGAUAUAAUCAUGUCAUUUAUAGUUUUGUUACACAGAAAUUAGUGACGAAAUAACUAAAAUUAAUAAGCACGUAAAAAUUUAAUUGGUGACGAAAUAAUGAAAGUAUUAAUUGUAUUUUUACGUAACUAAUUUAAUUUAAUUGUUGCGACACAAAUUUAAUUGUCACGUCACAAAUUUAAUUCAUCUGUCCGCAAUUUAAUGGUUACGACAGAAAUUUCUUGAUAUUAUUAAUUAUAUUGCUCUACUUCACUAAUUUAAUUGUUACGUAAGUAACUUAAUUACUAUGUCACUAAUUUCAUUUUACAUCCUUAAGGUUACAAGAUACCCUAGAACGUAAAAAUUUUGAAUUUUUUUUUCUUUACAUGUUCUUGUUGCUUUUGAGCAUACCUGUCGUCUGGAAAAAGAUGUAAAUCAGUAUCUUUAAAAUUAAACAGGUUAUUUAGUAAAACGCAAUUGAAGUCUAUAUGUUUGGCGGGAAAUGUGUUUGACAGAAAAUCGACACCUUGUGCAAUUCAAUUAGUGUAUAUGUCAUCUCGUAUUCCGUUAUCACAACAUUCGGUUGUACAGACGCACAUUUCUCUUGCACUGAAAUCUUUGCUGAAAAAAUGCCGCGAAUAAGAGCUGAUUCUGGCAAAAGCAAUAAAACCCCUUUUUGCGGCCGUCGGAAGAAACUCAAACCCGACAAUUUGUUCACAGAGGAGAGAAAGAAAUCACUGGCAGAAAGUGACCUUAAAACCAUUCUGUAGAGAUGAAUCAAUGCCCAUAAAGGCCAUAAUAUAGAACAGUUUGCCUAAUAUUUACUAUAGCAUAAUUAUAGAAUAUAAUAUAUAAGUAUAUUUACAUGAGUAUGUUUAUCAUAAUAUAACAAUGCCUUUUAAAACAUAUAUUUUUAAACUUAAUUAUUAUAGUCAUAUUUGACUAACACUAUAAUAGUCUACACACAACUUCGGGAUCUUCAAAGCUUCACAAAAGAUGUCCAGCUCAAUAUUGUAAGCAUCCUAGAAGCAGAAUAAAAACAUUGAUUUGGCGACUUAUCAUUUUUGCCAUAUUUACUAAUUUAGCCACAAGUGCAUGACUAACUGGAAAACUGGAAAAGCUUUAUUAGAAUUAGCCCUUUCGUUCCCUGCGUGGCUUUUAUAGUGACCUUUGGCUUUGCGUACAGAAUAUCAAACUCACUUCUCUUAUCUCUCCUCAGUUUACAUCACCGCGAUAUCGCUCAGGAAAUUUAGUACUUCGACAGGAUAUCCAUAAGCCGCAUCCUUGGGACCGAUUCCCUGUUUCUAUAAAUGAACGAAAAUGUAAUGACAUUUUACAGUAAAGCCUUUUAUUUCCAAAAACAUUACGAUGCGCGGCGUACUAAAAACGAAAAUUGUGCAAAAAUCCAGUGAACCAGGUGCAAUUAUGUAUAUAACGCGUGUGCCCAUCCACAAUAAAAAAUACCGUAUAAUUCUAGGAGGUUUACCACGCUUCUUUAGCCAAUCUUCAACACCAGCCUCAAAAUUCUUGAUAAAGUUUGUUCCAUCGUAACUGAAGAGAGAGAACAAAUGCAUGGCUUUCUAUAACGUCAACUAGCAAAAUAUCGUCAGAUCAAAAUGCGAUAAACUAACUAGUUUCCUUACCCUUUAAGGCUUUAUCUUUCAUCGUUGCCAUUAGUUUUUCUUUGUGGUCCACAUCGCCACCAUCUGCAUUUUUGUCGCUUUUGAGAUUCUGCGCUUUUUUGUGGCGCGUUGGUUUGUCUUAUUUUAAGCCUCAGCUUUUUCUUUUCGUUUAGGCAUGACUUGAUUAUAUAUUGUGGUCUUGCCGCAAACGUUAUCUGUCAUCGGAUUAACUUUAUAAUGACAGUACGUCACAGCAGGCGGAGUACCUGAUUACACUGAAAGAAAACCCGCGAAAUUUUCAAAGCGCUUUUUGAGGCACUUGAGUUUUGAGACGAAUAUACGCACUAAAUAAAGUUUGUUAAGCGUGCGUUUUAACCGAUUUUUGUCAAAAUUCCACACAGCAUAGGUACAUAUUUCGGCUACAAAACGGUGUGCGCGCGAGCUUUUUAUUCAAAUAAUAAGCAAGUUACAAGCUUUUUGUUGUCAAUUAGUUGCAAUAUAGCAUAGGUCUGGAAUGAAUAUGCCGUAACUCGUGAACCCCUAAAGCAACUACAAAACGCGAACACCGUUUUUUAGAACAACCUUUGAGAAGAGUAAAAAUGAUAUUUUUAUAGGAUUUGAGUAAAACCGGCGUCUAACAAACUUCACGGCGCGGAAGUACCGCGAUUUUAGACUUCGGCAAAUAUCUGAAUAGAAGAUAGAAAAAGAUAGAAAAACUUUAUUUAAACACGCUGACCCCGUCAACCGAAGCUGAUUUCCACGGGGGGCGUGUGCAAACUAUACAGAUACACUAAAAAGUUAUUUACAAAAUUAUAUAAGAUAUAUAGUAUUAAAUAAGUUAAAGUAAUUUAGAUAUAUUUACAAAUCAUUAAUCAAUCAGUCAAUGUGAGUAACGAUUUUUUUCCGAAAGGCAGAAAGGGAUUUGCUCUCUCUAAUUUCUUUUGGAAUUGAAUUCCAUAGGUGUGCUCCGUCAUACAUGAAACUUUUUUUCAUAUUAUUAGUACGCGGUUGUGGUAGACAAAGACCACUUGAAAUAUCUCGGAGGUGAUACUUUGUUUUCUCACCUUUAUAUGUGAAAAGAUUAGAGAGUGACUUGGGACCCAUUUUAUUUAAUAAUUUGUACAUUAUUUUUGCUUUCCCUUUCUUUCUUUCUUUUUAAGUGUCUUCCAACCCAAUGCUUGCAGAGCAACAGAAUGAUCUGUGUCAUUGCUCAUAUUCAUAAUGAUUCGAGCAGCUCUAUUUUGGAGUUUUUGGAGUCUUUUUGAUUGUGUCUCACCAAACACAUCCCAUACUUCACAGCAGUAAUCGAAGUAUGGGCGAACAAUAGCAUUAUACACAGAAAGUAUUUAUAUAAAUAAGUAUUUAUUCUUUCGUAUAUGUGAUAAGAACAUCUUACACUACAUUUAUCUAACUACAUUUGGUGAAAAUUUGAUGGAAUUUGGAUUAAAAUUGAUCGAGUUACAGCGGAUCACUCGAAAGGCAUGUCUAGGGUAUCCUGUAACCUUAAUUCAAUUGUUACCUAACUAAUUUAAUUGUUACAUCACAUAUUUUAUUGUUGCGUGACAAAUUUAAUUGUUAGGUCAUAAAGUUAAUUAUCAUCUCACUAAUUUGAUAUUCCAUUAUAUAUCGAUUGCUACGUCAGUAAUUUAAUUGCUACCUCACUAAUUUGAUUGUUGCAUAACAAAUUCAAUUGUUACGUCACUAAUCUCAUGCUACAUCCUUACAUUCUGUUGUUACGGUCACUGAUUUAAUUGUUAUGUCAGUAAUUUCAUUUUACGUAGUUAAUUCUAUUGUUACAUCAAAAAUUUAAUUGUUACUGCAGUAAUUUAUUUUUUACGCAUUAAUUCUAUUGUUACGUCACUAAUUUAAUUGUUACGUCACUAAUAAUAAGAGUAAUUCGAUUGCUACAUUACCAGUUUAAUUGUGACGUCACAAAUAUAAUUAUUAUGUCACUAAAGUCAUUUUUACGUUUUUAUGUCAUUUAAUUUUUACCUCAAUAAUUUAAUUUUACACCAUUAAAUCCACUUUACUAAUAUAUUUAAUGCUGUAAACGAAUUUUUAAUUAUCACCUCACAAAUUUAAUUAUCACCUCACAAUUUUUUCCAUCAUUAAUUCUAUUGUCACUAAUUUAAUUGUUAUAGGUCAGUAAUUUCAUUUUGACAUUAAUUAUAUUGCUACGUCACUAAUUUUAUUGUUACGUCUCUAAUUGAAUUAUCACAUAUUUAAUUCUUCGACAGUCACGUUGGUAAUUUCAUUUUUUUACUUCAUUAAUUCUAUUGUCACUAAUUUCAAUUGUUAUGUCAAUAAUAUCAUUUUGACAUCAUUACUUUAAUUCUAUUGCUACGUCACUAAUUUAAUUAUUAUAUCGGUUUUUAAUUGCUACUUCACUAAUUUAUUUAUGUGACUAAUUUCUAUUUUACAUCGUUAGUUCUAUUGCUACGUCCCUAAUUUAAUUGUUACGUCACUAGUUUAAUUGUGACGUCGCUAAUUCAUUUAUUAUUUUACAAUUUAAAUAUUUUUUUUAUAUAAACUUUAUUUAAAUGUUUGCCCCAAAAGCCAUGCUUAUCAAGGGGGCUCACAUGUAUAAAAAAAGGAUAUAUAAACUUAUUUACACCAAAUAACCCACAAAUAAACAAACAAAAUAAGACAGUGUUACAGAAAAGACAAGAUACAUAAACGCACAAAGCAUUGCUAGGAGAAACGACAAGUAUCCAAAAUAAAACGUUGGACAGCACCGAACAAUAAACAAUUUUCAUCAAAACUUAAUUGAACAGAACCGUUCAAUAAAAAUUCAAGUUUUUCCCUGUCGUUGCUCGUUAGCCAUGCUUUUCCACAAACUAGUGCAGCAGAGGUAAGAAGUUCAUUACGUUGAGCAGCAAAACGAGGACAUAAUAAAAGAUAAUGUUUGACUGUUUCAUUUUGAUGGCAACAUAUAUAUAAAGGAGAAUUACAACAAUUAAUUAUAUACAAAUAGUCAUUAAGCGCACAAAAACCUAAUCUUAGUCUUGUAUGUAAAACAGAUGCCUUCCUCGUAAGAGAAAAAUUUAACCAUUUAUUAUAACAAAGCGGAUGAUGAAUCUUAUUUAUUUUCAACUUAAAGUUUGAAAGAGAACUUGAAUUUCUAAUGUCAAUUUCAAGAGUAUUCCACAACGAAAUCGUGGAAGGAAAGAAUGAUUUCUUAAAUUUUUUAGUUCUACACUUAUAUUGACUAAUAUUAUGACCAGACCUUAACGGAAUAUAAGACCUUUCAUUAACCAAUUUUGGUAAAAGCUCAAUUAAAUAUAGAGGAGAAUAAUUAUAAACUAUCUUAUAAAAAUAAGAUAAUUUAUGAAUUUUUCUUAUUAUUAGCAUGACAAAAUUACUAGAUGCUGAUUGGUUGAGAGGAGUACAAUUAUUUCAUUAAUUGUACUGCAGUACAAUUAAUGAUUUUCCCAAAACAAACAAAAUGGCGGAAGGUAUUUUAAACACACGGAUGUGAAAUGAAAUUGCCGUGAAGGAACUAGAUGAAAAUACGAACAAAAGCACCAAAUUUUGGUUGAAAGUCUGGCAGGACUGGGCUUUGGCGAGAGAAUAUGAUGUUGACAUUGAGAAGUACGUAUCCAAUUUUGCCAUGCUAAUAAUAAACAAGUAAUCAUGCGAUGUUGCUCGUACAAUUAGGGAUUAAUAGUACUCGUGAUGUUUGGAAAUUUGCCAAAUUGGACUCGCCCCGGCGGCUCGUCCAAUUUUGGCAAAAUUUCCAAACAUCACUCGUACUAUUAAUCCCUAAUUGUACUCGCCAUCGCAUGAUUACCUAUACUAAUGCUCAACUCCUCCCAGGCCAGUUCUUGACGAAGACUAUUCGAACUAGUAGUACCUUUAAUGGCCCCAGUAACAACUCUAGCUGACUGAUACUAAACACUUUCAAGUAACUCACUAUUCCCGGCAUUACAAUUAUCCCAAAUAAUAUCGCCAUACUCCAUUAUUGGCCGAAUAAAACUUUUGUAUAAACAAGCGAGAGUUGAUUUAUCAAUUUUGAACUUCAAUGGUUUCAACAUAUUUAAUCGUUGAGAUGCCUUUUCAUAAACUGAUAAAAUAUGAUUAUUCCAAGACAUAUUACUUUGAAAAGUCAAACCCAGAUGAAUGUGCGAGACGACUUCAUCAAUAGGACAGCCUCUCAUUGAAUGUACCGGAUGAUUUUCUUUCUCUUUUUUUGUUGGAAAAUGUUAUAGAUUUAGUUUUUGAGGGGUUCAUUGUCACCAACCACCUAUCUGGCCAUUCUGAAAUCUUAUUUAAAUCAUUAUUUAAUAGUUCCGCGGAGCUAGCCGGAUUAUCGACAACUUCGAAAAGGGCAGUAUCGUCGGCAAAAAUAAAAGGACAGGAUUCUAGGUCAUCAGUUAUAUCGUUAAUGUAAAUUAAAAAUAAAAGAGGUCCCAAAACUGAUCCCUGUGGAACACCAGAAUUCACGCUUCUCCAAUCUGACGACUGCCCUUCUAUAACUACACGUUGAGUUCUAUCUUGCAAAUAACUUUUAAACCAUUGAAAAAGAGGAUUACGAAUUCCUAGUGCUUCUAACUUUUUCAAUAAUCCGGCAUGCCAGACUUUGUCGAAGGCCUUACUAAUAUCCAAGAACACAAUCCUCACUUCUUUGCCAGCUUCGAAUGCGCAGUAAAUCUGAUGAACAAAAUACAGCAGUAGGUUGACUGUUGAAUCACCUGGUCGAAAACCGGAUUGUAAUUUGUAUAAAUAACCUAUUUCCAAUAAGAAAUUAUAAAGUCUAACAAAAACAACUUUUUCACAUAUUUUUGAGAGACAUGGUAGAAGUGAUACAGGUCGAUAAUUUACUUUCAAUUGGGAGUUACCCUUUUUAAAUAUAGGAACAACAUUAGCCAUUUUCCACGCAGUCGGGUAUUGCCCCAGGGCAAAAGAGAAACUAACAAAUUUGGUAAAAAACAAAUAAAGGCUCUCGGAACAAAAUUUAAUCAUUUUAUUACCAAUGCCAUCAGAUCCACUCGCCUUCGAAAUAUCAACACUGCGCAUUAAAAUUAAAAUUUCGUCUUCAGUAACACAGAUAUUAGCAAGGAACGUAACAGAUUGAUAAAAAGGUAGAUUAGGCACCAAUCUUGCAUCACUAAUUUCAUUUUGCACCAUUAAUUCUAUUGUACGUAACAAAUUUAAAUGUUACAUCACAAAUUUAAUUGUUGCGUAACAAAUUUAAUUGUUACGUCACGAAGUUAAUUAUCUCACUAUUUAAUUUUUCUUGUCAUCAUUAAUCCGAUUGCUACGUCACUGAUUUAAUUGUUACCCGACAAAUUGUAUGUAAAAACAUCAUUGAUUAUAUUGUUACGUCCCAGAUUUAAUUGUUACAUCAAUAAUUUACUCUACACAUUAAUUCUAUUGUUACUUCACUAAUUUAAUUAUGUCAGUUAUUUUAUUUUACGUCAUUAGUUUAAUUAAAUUUUAUUGUUACAUCGCAGAUUUAGUUCUCCGAUAUUCAUAUCAGUAAUUUCAUUUUUUUACAUCAUUUGAAAUUCUAUUUUCACUAAUUUAAUUGUUACGUCAGUAAUUUCAUUUUGACAUCAUUAAUUAUAUUGCUACGUCACUAAUUUAAUUUUUACGUCACUAAUUUUAUUGUUACGUCACCAAUUUAAUUGUGCCAAUAAUUUCAACUAACCUAAUUUAUAAUUAUUACGUCACUAAUUUUAUUGUCACGCAGAUUUAGUUCUCCGAUACUCACGUCAGUAAUUUCAUUUUGACAUCAUUAAUUUUAUUGUCACUAAUUUAAUUCUUACCUCACCUGUUUAAUUGUGACGUCGCUAUUUUAAUUAUUAAUAUGCUACAAUUUAAAUCUUGCGUUACUAAUUUUACUUUGCAUUACUAAUUCUAUUGUUAUCUAACUAAUUUAAUUGUUACGUCAAAACUUUAAUUGUUACGUAAUUUCAUUUGCAUAUCAUUAAUUCUGCUGUUACGUCACUGAUUUGAGUUUUGCUUUAGUAAUUUCAGUUUUUACAUUAUUAAUUCUAUUGUUACGCUACUAAUUUAAUUGUUACGUCAGUAAUUUCAUUUUGACAUCAUUAAUUCUAUUGUUACGUCACUAAUUUAAUUGUUGCAUCGCUAAUUCAAUUAUGUCAGUAAUUUCAUUUUUGUACAUCAUUAAUUCUAUUGUCACUGAUUGAAUUGUUACGUCAGUAAUUUCAUUUUGACAUCAUUAAUUCUAUUGUUACGUCACUAAUUUAAUUGUUACAUCACUAAUUCAAUUAUGUCAGUAAUUUCAUUUUUGUACACGAUUAAUUCUAUUGUCUCGGAUUUAAUUGUUACGUCAGUAAUUUCAUUUUGACCUCAUUAAUUCUAUUGUUGCGUCACUAAUUUAAUUAUCGCAUUGCUAAUUAAAUUAUGUCAGUAAUUUCAUUUUUGUACAUCAUUAAUCCUAUUGUCACUCAUUUAAUUGUUACGUCAGUAAUUUCAUUUUGACAUAAAUAAUUCUAUUGUUACGUCACUAAUUUAAUUGUUACAUCACUAAUUCAAUUAUGUCUGUAAUUUCAUUUUUGUACAUCAUUAAUCCUAUUGUCACUCAUUUAAUUGUUACGUCAGUAAUUUCAUUGUGACCUCAUUAAUUCUAUUGUUGCGUCACUAAUUUAAUUAUCGCAUUGCUAAUUCAAUUAUGUGAGUAAUUUCAAUUUUGUACAUCAUUAAUCCUAUUGUCACUGAUUGAAUUGUUACGUCUGUAAUUUCAUUUUGACAUAAUUAAUUCUAUUGUUACGUCACUAAUUAAAUUGUUACAUCACUAAUUCAGUUAUGCCAGUAAUUUCAUUUUUGUACACCAUUAAUUCUAUUGUCACUGAUUUUAUUGUUACGUCACUAAUUUCAUUUUGACAUCAUUAGUUCUGUUAUUACGUCACUAAUUUAAUUGUUACAUCACUAAUUCAAUUAUGUCAGUAAUUUCAUUUUUGUACAUCAUUAAUCCUAUUGUCACUGAUUUUAUUGUUACGUCACUAAUUUCAUUGUGACAUCAUUAGUUCUGUUAUUACGUCACUAAUUUAAUUGUUACAUCACUAAUCCAAUUAUGUCAGUAAUUUCAUUUUUGUACAUCAUUAAUCCUAUUGUCACUCAUUUAAUUGUUACGUCAGUAAUUUCAUUUUGACAUCAUUAGUUCUGUUAUUACGUCACUAAUUUAAUUGUUACAUCACUAAUUCAAUUAUGUCAGUAAUUUCAUUUUUGUACAUCAUUAAUUCUAUUGUCACUCAUUUAAUUGUUACGUCAGUAAUUUCAUUUUGACAUAAUUAAUUCUAUUGUUACGUCACUAAUUAAAUUGUUACAUCACUAAUUCAAUUAUGUCAGUAAUUUCAUUUUUGUACAUCAUUAAUUCUAUUGUCACUGAUUUAAUUGUUACGUCAGUAAUUUCAUUGUGACAUCAUUAAUUCUAUUGUUACGUCACUAAGUUAAUUGUUACAUCACUAAUUCAAUUAUGUCAAUAAUUUCAUUUUUGUACACCAUUAAUUCUAUUGUCUCGGAUUUAAUUGUUACGUCAGUAAUUUCAUUUUGACAUCAUUAAUUCUAUUGUUACGUCACUAAUUUAAUUGUUACAUCACUAAUUCAAUUAUGUGAGUAAUUUCAAUUUUGUACACCAUUAAUUCUAUUGUCACUGAUUUAAUUGUUACGUCAGUAAUUUCAUUGUGCCCUCAUUAAUUCUAUUGUUGCGUCACUAAUUUAAUUAUCGCAUUGCUAAUUCAAUUAUGUCAGUAAUUUCAUUUUUGUACAUCAUUAAUCCUAUUGUCACUCAUUUAAUUGUUACGUCAGUAAUUUCAUUUUGACAUCAUUAAUUCUAUUGUUACGUCACUUAUUUAAUUGUUACAUCACUAAUUCAAUUAUGUCAGUAAUUUCAUUUUUGUACACGAUUAAUUCUAUUGUUUCGAAUUUAAUUGUUACGUCAGUAAUUUCAUUGUGACCUCAUUAAUUCUAUUGUUGCGUCACUAAUUUAAUUAUCGCAUUGCUAAUUCAAUUAUGUCAGUAAUUUCAUUUUUGUACAUCAUUAAUCCUAUUGUCACUCAUUUAAUUGUUACGUCAGUAAUUUCAUUGUGACCUCAUUAAUUCUAUUGUUGCGUCACUAAUUUAAUUAUUGCAUUGCUAAUUCAAUUAUGUCAGUAAUUUCAUUUUUGUACACGAUUAAUUCUAUUGUCUCGGAUUUAAUUGUUACGUCAGUAAUUUCAUUGUGACCUCAUUAAUUCUAUUGUUGCGUCACUAAUUUAAUUAUCGCAUUUCUAAUUCAAUUAUGUCAGUAAUUUCAUUUUUGUACAUCAUUAAUCCUAUUGUCACUCAUUUAAUUGUUACGUCAGUAAUUUCAUUUUGACAUCAUUAAUUCUAUUGUUAAGUCACUUAUUUAAUUGUUACAUCACUAAUUCAAUUAUGUCAGUAAUUUCAUUUUUGUACACGAUUAAUUCUAUUGUUUCGAAUUUAAUUGUUACGUCAGUAAUUUCAUUGUGACCUCAUUAAUUCUAUUGUUGCGUCACUAAUUUAAUUAUCGCAUUGCUAAUUCAAUUAUGUCAGUAAUUUCAUUUUUGUACAUCAUUAAUCCUAUUGUCACUCAUUUAAUUGUUACGUCAGUAAUUUCAUUGUGACCUCAUUAAUUCUAUUGUUAAGUCACUUAUUUAAUUGUUACAUCACUAAUUCAAUUAUGUCAGUAAUUUCAUUUUUGUACACGAUUAAUUCUAUUGUUUCGAAUUUAAUUGUUACGUCAGUAAUUUCAUUGUGACCUCAUUAAUUCUAUUGUUGCGUCACUAAUUUAAUUAUCGCAUUGCUAAUUCAAUUAUGUCAGUAAUUUCAUUUUUGUACAUCAUUAAUCCUAUUGUCACUCAUUUAAUUGUUACGUCAGUAAUUUCAUUGUGACCUCAUUAAUUGUAUUGUUGCGUCACUAAUUUAAUUAUUGCAUCUAAUUCAAUUAUGUCAGUAAUUUCAUAAUUUCAUUUUUGUACAUCAUUAAUCCUAUUGUCACUGAUUGAAUUGUUACGUCAGUAAUUUCAUUGUGACAUCAUUAAUUCUAUUGUUACGUCACUAAUUUAAUUGUUACAUCACUAAUUCAAUUAUGUCAGUAAUUUCAUUUUUGUACAUCAUUAAUCCUAUUGUCACUCAUUUAAUUGUUACGUCAGUAAUUUCAUUGUGACAUCACUAAUUCUAUUGUUACGUCAUUAAUUUAAUUGUUGCAUUGCUAAUUCAAUUAUGUCAGUAAUUUCAUUUUUGUACAUCAUUAAUCCUAUUGUCACUCAUUUAAUUGUUACGUCAGUAAUUUCAUUUUGACACCGUUAGUUCUGUAAUCACGUCACUAAUUUAAUUGUUACAUCACUAAAUCAAUUAUGUCAGUAAUUUCAUUUUUGUACAUCAUUAAUCCUAUUGUCGCUCAUUUAAUUGUUACGUCAGUAAUUUCAUUGUGACAUCACUAAUUCUAUUGUUACGUCAUUAAUUUAAUUGUUGCAUUGCUAAUUCAAUUAUGUCAGUAAUUUCAUUUUUGUACAUCAUUAAUCCUAUUGUCACUCAUUUAAUUGUUACGUCAGUAAUUUCAUUGUGACAUCAUUAAUUCUAUUGUUACGUCACUAAUUUAAUUGUUACAUCACUAAUUCAAUUAUGUCAGUAAUUUCAUUUUUGUACAUCAUUAAUUCUAUUGUCACUGAUUUAAUUGUUACGUCAGUAAUUUCAUUGUGACAUCAUUAAUUCUAUUGUUACCUCACUAAUUUAAUUGUUGCAUUGCUAAUUCAAUUUUUUCAGUAAUUUCAUUUUUGUACAUCAUUAAUCCUAUUGUCACUGAUUGAAUUGUUACGUCAGUAAUUUCAUUGUGACCUCAUUAAUUCUAUUGUUGCGUCACUAAUUUAAUUAUCGCAUUGCUAAUUCAAUUAUGUCAGUAAUUUCAUUUUUGUACAUCAUUAAUCCUAUUGUCACUCAUUUAAUUGUUACGUCAGUAAUUUCAUUUUGACAUCAUUAAUUCUAUUGUUACGUCACUUAUUUAAUUGUUACAUCACUAAUUCAAUUAUGUCAGUAAUUUCAUUUUUGUACACGAUUAAUUCUAUUGUUUCGAAUUUAAUUGUUACGUCAGUAAUUUCAUUGUGACCUCAUUAAUUCUAUUGUUGCGUCACUAAUUUAAUUGUUGCAUUGCUAAUUCAAUUAUGUCAGUAAUUUCAUUUUUGUACAUCAUUAAUCCUAUUGUCACUCAUUUAAUUGUUACGUCAGUAAUUUCAUUUUGACAUAAUUAGUUCUAUUGCCAUUUUACUAAUUUUAUUGUUAUCUCACUAAUUUAAUUAUGUCCCUAAUUUUAUUUAUGUCUUUAAUUUCUUGUUACAUCACUUAUUUAUUUAUGACGCUAGCUAAUUUAUUUCUUACAUCGUUAGUUCUGUUGUUAUGUCACAAAUUUAAUUGUUACGUGAGUGAGUAUAUUUUGUCCUUAUUAGUUCGAUUGCCACUUUCCUAAUUUAAUUGUAACGUCACUAGUUUAAUUGUGACGUUACUAUUUUAAUGAUUAUGUUACAAUUUAAAUCUUGCGUUAAAUCUCUAAUUGGUACGUUGAUGGUUUCGGUUUUUUCACGUAAUUUAUUUAAUUGUCGCGUCACUGAUUUGAUUGUGCGUCACUAAUUGAAUUAUUAUGUCACUAAUUGCAUUUUGUCCUUAUUAGUUUUAAUUGUAGGUCACUAGUUUAAUUAAUUAGAAAUUAAAUUAGUGCGGUGCUGAGGUGACAAGAAAUUAUUCGCGUAAAAAUGAUAUUAUAGUGACGUAACAAUUCAUUAAUAACAUUUCGAAUGGAAUUAGUGAAAUAACGAUGAAAUUGGUGAUGUAAGUGCGGAAUUACUGAAUUAAUGACGUAACAAUGAAAUUAAUAAUGUCAAAAUGAAAUUACUGACGUAAGAAUUAAAUUAGUAUAGGUAAUCAUGCGAUGGCGAGUACAAUUAGGGAUUAAUAGUACGAGUGAUGUUUGGAAAUUUUGCCAAAUUUUUAUUAUUAGCAUGACAAAAUUGGAUACGUACUUCUCAAUGUCAGCAUCAUAUUCUCUCGCCAAAGCCCAGUCCCGCCAGACUUUCAACCAAAAUUUGGUGCUUUUGUUUGUAUUUUCAUUUAGUUCUUUUGUUAAAGCAAAAUUUGGUGAUUUUGUUCGUAUUUUCAUCUAGUUCCUCCACGGCAAUUUCAUUUCACGCUUGAGUUUAAAAUACGUUUCCUCCAUUUUGUUUGUUUUGGGAAAAUCAUUAAUUGUACUGCAGUACAAUUAAUGAAAUAAUUGUACUCCUCUCAACCAAUCAGCAUCCAGUAAUUUUGUCAUGCUAAUAAUAAGUAUAUAAGAAUAGAAUUAUUAUUAUGUAAAAUGGAGUGGCUACUGACGUAACAAUUAAAUUUGUGAAAUAACAAAAUUUUGAGUUAGUUACGUAACAAUCGAAUUAAUGAAGAAAAAUGUAAUUGGUGACUUUGAAGUCUUUGAAAGACUCACGAGUUUUCCAUGCAAUAUUAUUAAUAAUAUACAUGACAAAAGUACACAGAAGCAAAUUCAUUGUUAUUUGCAUGCAUGAAACACAUAUUACGAAAUUAAUAAUUUACUCACUUAUUUGAACGGCACAACAACUUAAUACAAGUUUGUAGGUGUCUGAAGUCGAAUUUUAAAUCAAAAGUCAAAAUGUCUUUUGUUUUGGCGCUUGUCACGUAUUUCUUUUUUGGGGAUUUCAUUUUGUGGCACCGACUGUAUUUCGAUAAAAUUGAACACCUCGCAGCCAAUCAUGCAGAAUCGAGUAAUUAUUGUGGUGAACAAAUGUGAAGUGACGCAAAAAUGUAAUUGGUGACCUGACAAUACAAAUUGAGAUGGCCCCCUUCAGUAGAGUUUACAACAUGGCUUAUAUGUACAGAUCAGACGUUAUCUUCGCUACCCACGCCGCGCGUGGAAUAUUUGUGGCCCAGUAACAAAUUUGAAACAAGCCGCGGGAAGUUGCUUUUGAUUUUCGAAGAAAAUUGGUUGUUAACCAGUUUUUAACCUAUCUUUUAGUGUCGGUGUUUUUACGUAUUUACAUUCAGGAUUGCCUUUUAUAAUGUUCAAAAUAUUCAACAACAGUGUUGCGAAAAAAUUAUACUUUAUAGCUAGGUACUGUUGAACUGUCACUGAAAGUUAUGUAAGUUCUGUCAUUCAACUCAGUUCACAUGUAGUGUUUUGUCUGCUAAAUCUAAUAAAACUAUAGUGCAGAUGCAGCUACGAGCUUUUCUAUACGAAAAGUCAAAUUGUAUUCAGUUAAAUUAAUGUUUUAAAACACCGAUUUUUAUAGUAACAACCAAACCAAAUUCAAAAAAAUGCUGGAUUUAUUCAUGCACUAGUGUUUUCAUUUUUUUGUAUUUUAAACAUUAUCUUUUAUGCUUGUGAUGUUGCACUCUGAGUGCAUAUCCACACCGGGCAAGCUUGAACAAUAUGCCUGGCCACGAUGGGAAUCGAACCUACGACCUUUUACACCGUGGCCAGGCAUAUUUUUCAAGCUUGCCCGGUGUGGAUAUACACUCAGAGUAACAUCCCAAGCAUCAUAUUCACCUGAGUACAUAACACCAACACAGAAAAAAAAAUCUUUUAUUUUCAUCUCAAAUAUAAAUGAAAAAUAUCUGUUUGAUGUAUUUUGAUGCUUUCAUUGUAGGUAAACCCAGUCCUUUUUUAAAUUUUUUUUACAAAUAUGCACUUUUUAUCAGAAAAAUCUUGCCCCGAAAUACUAGUUAUACCAUCGAAUUUAAUUUAUAGCAGUUUUUUAUAUAUUCCGAGAUAUCAAAAAUUGUUUAAAACGCUCUAUCUUGCAAAUUGAAUAAAAACGCACGCCUUGCCUCAGAGUGACCUGCUGGGCACAACGCGCUGGGUUAGAGGGCGAUUGGAGCAAUAUUUUCCGAGAUAUCGAAAGCCUUCCAGUUUAUUUAUAGUUCAAUGAUUGGGCGUCAGUUUCAGUCCCUUUCUAUUGUUUUUGUCUGCAAGGAGUGUGCCGAAAUUUCGUAUUUUGACUUCAAUUUAAAGAAUAAUACUAUAGUUUUAUGAAUGGUUAACUUGAUUAGCGAUACGGUCCAUUAGGAAAAACUGGAAUUAACUGGAAAAAUGAUAUUAACACUAUUUGCAACCUUAGAUACUGGGCGUCAAUUCCGCCAUCUUGACUUCACUUUUCUUACAUGCCUGUAAUACCCAUUCUUCUUGCUCCAGGUAUAUAUAUUAGCUCACUGCACUAACACUGUUCCUAUUUGUUUAUUUAUUAUACACUCACGCGCACUUAACCAAUCAGUAAUCGUUGAGAGGGUCACGUGCCGAUCCAAUAUUUUACGAUAUUGGACAGGAACCUAUUGGACAGUUACGAAUUGUGGCUUUUUUCAUGGUUUUUCAACCCUUUUCAGAUGUUUUGUCAAUUUCAAACAUACGACAAACGAUAUGGCAGAAUAAUGAAAAGAAUUUGGGACAUCAAUACAGUUUUUUCUACCAGUUUUGUUUAAAAUUAUAAAAGCGCGGUAAAACUUGUCUUCGCGAAAUUUAUUUGUUUGCAACAGCCUAGAAGUUAGUAAUAUUAUUUUUUUCGUUAAAAUUAGGUCACAUUUCCUUUAAACAUACAUGAAAUUAAGUUUAUUUAUGCACACAUAUUUGUAAAAACAGGUUUAUUAACUUUUUUUUAGUUAUUUAAGCAAAUUCGCCGCCGAUAUAUGUAGUAAUGUUGUCGCUGUAUUACUAUUAGUCUCGUUAUAGAAAUUUUUGUCUUUUCUCGACUUCAAUAUUAGGCUGGACCUUCGGUCUCGCCCAAUAUUGAAGUCUCGACUUAAUAUUUUGCCAUAUUGGGCUCAGAAGAAUCCAAUAAGAUAUAAUAUAGAUAGCACAAAGCUUCUUAACUUACCUCGAAAUGAUCAUAUUGCCAUACCUUACCUAUUUAAAAUACGUCAAAUUUUAGAGGGAACUGUAGGGAGCCACCUUCAUUAUGUAACAUGAAAUUACCAGGUGUAACAAUUAAAUUAGUGACGAAACAGUUAAAUUAGUGACGUAGCAGUAGAAUUAAUGAUGUCCAAAUGAAAUUACUGACAUAUCAAUUAAAUUAGUGACGUAGCAAUAUAAUUAAUUAUGUCAAAAUGAAAUUACUGACAUAUCAAUUAAAUUAGUGAUGUAUCAAUGGACCAUUUGCAUUAUAGACUAAAUUUUGAUCUAGACAAAAAUUCCAUCACAACUUGAAAGAGCAUCACAAAAUUAGUAAUAUUCCAAAGUUUCGUUGCGAAAUGUUGUAAAAUGCGGAUAAUAUAGCCCUGCGAAGUUUGUCGUUUUUCAGUCAUUUUGUAUUACGCACGGGAAAUUGACAGUCCAAUCGGGUGUUGGGGCAUCAAUUUCCCGUUUGUAAUACAAAAUGCCUGUAAACGGCUAUAUUAUUGUGAUGCUCUUUCAAGCUGUGAUGAAAUUUUUGUCUAGACUUGUUUAGAUCAAAAUUUAGUCUAUAAUGCAAAUGGUCCAUUCAAUUCAGCUGGAUUUCCUCUUGGAAGAAAAAUUUCGAUUUUUUCCCUCAAUUUCUUUUGAAUUGUAAGCGAAAUAGUUCUUUGCAAUUUGAUUGGUUGUUCAGCUCCGGAUAUCCUUGCACUAUUCACCUCCGGAGAAAAAACAAAAUAGCUUCCCGUUACAGAGGAGCAAAUUUUUGUACUAAACGAAACUGCAGUUUCACCAAACACGAAGACAGCCACACAUUUAACAGUGUGUAGGGGUAUUCUACAGGGUGUCUAAAAAAAAACGCUAUGGAAAUUCAACAGGCUGUUGUGCAUCAUAAACUUAGCUAAACAAUUCAAUUUUUACAUAGGACGAAAAAACUGUUAUUUUGCUUUUCUAUGAUACCUUUUUUAAAUCGUAACGAUGAGAAAUGGCCACAUACUCGUCAAAUAAAAAUUGCCGGUCGAAAUCACAUUCUUCCACCGUUGGGAAUUGAAAAACAUUAAUUAUGCAAAGUUAGUCAAUCCAAAAGCAACGCGAGUCUGCUGCAAGCUAUUUGUUUCGUAAAACGUUUUGAUUACGAAAUUAUGUUCUCUGUUCAGGGGUUAAUUGAACCAUGUUUAAUGGACGUUCUUAUUGAGUUAUUGUCUCACUAAGACGAAGAUUGACGAGUUGAGCUCAUUUUAGAUAAUUUAACAUUCAAUUUUAAUUCCCUCUUGGGAAUUGUCUAUGUUUCGUUUUCCAUGCAAUUCCCAACGGUGGAAGAAUGUGAUUUCGACGGGCCAUUUUUAUUUGACGAGUAUGUGGCCAUUUCGCAUCGUUACGAUUUAAAAAGAGUAUCAUUGAAAAGCUAAAUAACUGUUCUUUCAUCGUAUGUAAAAAUUUAAUUGUUUAGCCACGUUUAUGAUGCACGACAGCCUGUUGAAUUUCCAUAGCGUUUUUUUUAGACACCCUGUAUAAAGCUAUUCACCUCCACUUCAGUGAAUAAUUGUUAAAUAUAUUUCAAUCCAUCGUCUAAUGGGUUUGAGUUUUAUUGUUUCAGCCCGAAUUGGCUGCAGGUGACCACGAGACCGCAGAUGGAGAGCAAGCUGAAGCAGCAGAAGAAGAGAUUGUUGUAUGGAAAGGACCUGUGACACCUAGACCUUGGGAAUCUCUGGGGAGUGAGAUAGAAGUCGAGGAUGAAAAAACUGUAGAAAACCGUGCCAAGGUAACAUGUAAUGGGCGAAGGAACCAAGUUAGUCAGAGGAUUCAACGUUCUGUUAUAAUUGAUUACAAGACUUUUUUCGCAAAGCAUAUCGUAUUUUUCGAUAAGAUAUUCUUGAUAGCGAUGUUUAUAGAGUAAAAAAACUUUCCGACUUAGUGGAAAAAUUACUUUUGUUAUCAUGUUUCGCUCGCUACUCUGGUUUAAAUAAAUUAUUACAAAGCCCAGUCGAAUUGUAAUCAAGACUCAACGUUUCGACACUCCAGUCUAGUGUCUUCAUCAGGGGGCGAUCUAAAAUUGCAAUCGUGGCUUCUUAAAUACCCAAGGGAUGACGUCACCUGCCAAUGAGAUGCAUGUAUUCCAUGUUGUAUAUUCUAUACCAUGCGGUGACUGCGAGAAAGAGUAUUGGGGUCAGUCUAAACGCCAGUUUGGCACACGGCUAAAAGAACAUCAAAAGGCUGUUUCAACUUUAGACAAGGGAAAAUCAGCUUUAGCAGAACAUGUGUGUUACACCAAAGACGAGAUUGCAUGGGAAAACUCUAAAGUAAUUGCCACAAACAAUCGCUAUGAUCAAAGACUAUGCCUAGAAGCGUGGCAUAUAAAUAUGAGUAAUCAUGCUUUGAAUAGGGCAGGUGACGUCAUCCUUUGGGUAUUUAAGAAGCCACGAUUGUAACUUUAGAUCACCCCUGAUGAAGACACUAGACUGGAGUGUCGAAACGUUGGGUCUUGAUUACAAUUCGACUGGGCUUUGUAUAAUCAUUUAUUUAAACCAGAGUAACGAGCGAAACAGGAUUGAUAUACCUGGUUGCAGUGAACGAACAUACUUUUGUUAUAUUUCAAAUGCCCAUGGAAAACUGCUGGAAUACGAAGAAAAAAGUCCUUGAAAAGUCCUGUUUUCUUUAAUUAUGAAGGUGUAAGAAAAUAGUCCGUAGUCUAUCUUGUCUUUUGUGUACUGUAUGCAAACCAAUCUUUACUGACUGUAGAAGGCUAUCAGCACUCCAUUACAUCGGUCACUUUGAUAUACCAAGCUUUACGUGCACACGGUGUUUUGGAACCUUUAGUGCUGCACACCCAUGCACACGUGAUAAACACGUGACAAAAAUGAUGAGUGAAAAAUUUACAUUUAUUCACACGAAUACGUUCGAUUUCGUAAACGUGCAUGCACUGCAUUUUUUAUUUUAAACUGAUGUGUAAGAGAAAUUGGACAGAUGUCGUUCAAUUCUAACUUUUGGUAACGCUUUUCGAAUAAAGUGACGGUUUUAAACAAAUUACUGUGCAGCACCAGUGAAAGUAUGUGCAGCCUUUAUAAACGAAAUUUAUGAUUGUAGAUAAAAAUGUGCAUUUCUCGAAAACGAAGUGAGUUUGGCGCCCCUGUAAAAUUUGCUGAUCAAAGUGAAAAGGUAAUGAAAGAUGCUACAGUGGAAUGCCUCCCGUUUGAAGAUGAAACUUAUAGUCUGAAGAAGUUUGAACUGGAUAUUGGAAUUCAGGUAUUUAUUAUAUAGUAGAAAUUGAGAUACUGCGGAAAAAUACACAAAGAUAUUUUCCAUAUCUUCACAAGUGAAGAUAUCGAUCACGUGACUCUUUCCAAUUUGCUUUUGAGCGUGAAAUUUCACAAUUUUUUGCUUUGGACUAUAUAAUAAACAGAACAUUACACGGUGGCGUGAAGAUAUGACUUUUAUCUUCUCGUGUUAAAAACAAUAUUUUGUAACAAUAAUGUGUAAUAUUCUCUAUGUAUAGUACAGUUUUAUAUAUAUAGUUCAGAAAUAGUUCAUUGUUUGUAUUCAUAUGUACACAGAUCUUAAGCCGGUUUUCCACUUCAAGCGUACCGUACCGAAACUUAUCAAAAUCGUUUUUAAAUUUCAAAAUUUCGUGAAAGUUGAUUGGUUAGUACUUCCGUAGUACGCCAAAAAGUUGACUUGCGACGAACUUUUUAUUUUGAUACGUAAAUACACCCGGAAGUACGUGGAUUUAUAGACCUCUUUUCAAUCUGCGCAUGCUCACCAGUACGUUUCGGUACGAUACGGGCGAAGUGGAAAACCGGCUUUAGCCUACGCCGAUGUUCUCAUUUAGUCUGCGCGUGCACAAGCAAGUAGUGUGAAAUUUGCAGAAGGAAAAAUGUACUGUUUUAAUAUCGUAACUAACAAAAAUUGUGAAGAAUGAAAUGCUCGACAUCUACACGAGCCAGUUCUGUUGGCCUGAAAUAUCCUUUAUUAAAAUAAGUUUGUAAACAGGGAGGUUAUCCGUUGGGCAAGGUUAUCAAAGUAGUUGAAGUAGUUUUGUCAAGUUGUAAAUUUCAUGUUUUAAUUCAUACUUUCUAUCCAGGCUGUUCAAAAUAGAGGAGAGAACGGCUCACAGACGGAAUGGUACGUUUCUUUAGUGACAGACGUAUAUUAAUGUCGAAAUUAUACCCUUUUGGUUUGACUGACAAGAUUGUUACAUGUUGGUUAGCAGUGUUGGAAAAUUUCCAGCAGAACCAGCAGUGCCAGGAAAUUUUUAACAAAAUAUUUUCGCAGGAAAUUCUUGUCAUCUUAUAUAUAAAUACUGGACUUUCAACUAAUUUACUCGUUGUAAAACAUCCAAAAGUAUUUCGCUACUCGAGAUUGUCUAGUGCCGAGAUUGAAGUUUAUCGCACCAUUCGUUCUCCGAAAUGUACAUAUGCUGCAACCUCGUUCCCAGGCUCUUUGCUCUUCCUUCACAAGAGCAAAGAGCCUGGGAACGAGGUUGCAUAUGCUGGACUUUAUUUAUGUUUGACAGCCAGUUUUCCACUUGAACCUUAUCAUACCGAAGCGUAGUAGAUUUUGUUUCCUGAGCACUAGAGUGGAACUAAUGACUUCGACACAAAAGAAAAUGCUGCGGUACGUUACGAUACGGUUGAAGUGAAAAACUGGCUUUACACUCUUAUAUAUAAUGCACAGUACGGUCAAUUAUAUCAGUCGACAGAUAUUGCUUGGACUUGUGUCGUAGCGCGAGUCUAUAUAGCCCCGUACAGACGAGCAAGUUUUCUUUGGCAAGUUUCUUGACGAGUUUACUUGCUUGUGUGUAUGACGAACGAGUUCUUUUCGAUAUUUUUUUCCUUGACAAUUUUUACGAGCCCGCGCUAUUUAAGUACGUAAACAAUUUCGUUCAAAGCUGCUUCCAACAAAAUUGAAAACAUCUGAAAUUGGAUACCACAUUUCAAAAGCGAUAUUUAGUGGCAUUGGCCGAUUGAAGAUGAGUGCACAGUGCCAUUCUGCUGAAUUACUUGUCAGUAUUCCUUCACGGUACUACACACGAAGAAUUUUCCUUGUCGAAAAGCUGGUAUAACUAGCUUUUGAACAAGAUUCCUUGUCAAGGAAAAACAUGUCAAUUUUUGGCGUACACACGAACAAGUAAAACUGAUCGAGGAAAACUUGCUCGUCUGUACGGGGCUGAACACGGCAUGAGCUUUAUGAGCUGUAGUUUCCCCAACAUACUGUACCAACGUCAUAAUGUUUUGUCCCUGAACUUUUACAGAGCUUUUUUUUUCGUCUAUGCAAUGGUAUAUUAAUUUUCUCAGUCUGGAGAAAGAACGCCUUUCUUAGAUUUUUAGAGAAAGUAAAUCCUCUUUCUCCCCAAGUUUGCUUUGAUAUGACCAUCUUUUUCUAAUUGCUUGUUUAUAUAUGGCAAUAAUUUGUUUUGUUUUGUGGAACACACCACGUUCAUUUAUCGACGAAGAAUGAGGCUUAUACGGAUCGAAAGCUUUGCAAUAGUAAAUAGACAUCAAGUUUUCCGCAAACCAAACAAACGAAAUCGAAUUAGAAUUGUUGAAAAUUCACACUGGUUGGAGUGAACGACUUUUCCUUAAACUGAGCUUCAUGUAUAUCAAAGUGUAUAUUUUGAUUUAGGAAAAAGCCAAGAAAUGCUUGCGUUCAGUACGAAGCCAGAUUUUUACCAGAAGAAAAGAAAGUUGAGGCAGAAGAAGCUCCCAGUUUACUGGAGUUCAUACAAAAAGUUACCCCAAGGUUGGUGCAAUGCAUCGUGUGGAGUGGAAUGAAAUAGGUUUAAGAACAUGACAUAUUGGUAUGAAAUACAUCCGAUACUGUUCAAGACAAGUUUGAAUGUCUGUUCGUUUCUCUAAUCUUUAUAGGGAGAAAAUAUACUACAUGAAUCCUAUUAUUCUAGCGCUAAAUAUUUAAAGCGAAAUAUUUUUUAAAGGCGAGUUUGAUAAAGAUGCGGCGGGUUUUUCAUUGAGACCUAUUAGGGCUAUUGUAGGAAUCAACUCUCCCUGGUGCAGGUGUACGGGAUGUAUAGUAUGAGAAAUAUCUUGCCAUACUAAGAGAAUGGGGUCGUCUAUGGCAGUCAAUAUCCCUGUUAAUUAAUGGCCGUAUUUAUAUUAGCUAGAAGACGCCUUUAACGUCUGAGACGACUUGAACGUCUGGGACGUUAAAGUCGUCUAAUAUAAAUACGGGAAAUUAGACAGACGAACAAAAAAUUAAUGUCGUCUGUUUAGUACGUCCAAACGACGCACUUAGCAGAUGUCUUUGUCGUCUGAGAUGUUUAAUUUGUCUAGUACAAAGACGAGACGACGUGAACGCAAAUAGCAAGGAAGCACUGUAUAGAUGGUUGUCAAAAUUAAAACAUUUUGUAUUUUCUUGGUUUCUUUCUAUACUAGUUUCCAACUGUUCAUCUCGUGUUUACGUUAGUCACGCUUUCGACGCAUGGUCUCGCUAGGGGUGCGAGCCCUUUACACAAGGCUCGUCUGAACACCAGCAUAAUUUCUAUUUAGAUUUGAACUGGCUUUACAACAGAAUGAAAUCAUGGAUGUAUUUUAUGAUGACUACGUUUCUUUGGCAAUUGAAGAUAGCACGUUUGGUUCAAAAUCAGAUAACUACCUUAAGGUACAGGCGUAUUACUUAUCAGUGACGAGGUAAAGGCGCUUGCAUUACAGUUUAUGCAUGUGGUUAUCUUGAUGUUACUUUUUAGGAGUAUCAGUCAUUUACUGAUUUGUUGUACAGUAAAGAGAAAGUGAUAACAAAUACUGAAUGGCAUCCGACUGCUAAAGGUACAUAUACUACUUUUAAAUUGCAAGGUGUAUUGAGAGUAUUGCAUGAGUAUUGAGAGUUGCUAGUUUCAAAUCUUUGACGGUAACGCGGAGAGGACGGCAAAUGAACUUUCCCCUUAUAACUAAAAUUUUGAUCUAGACAAAAAUUUCAUCACAGCUUGAAAGAGCAUCACAAAAUUAGUAAUAUUCCAAAGUUUCGUUGCGAAAUGUUGUAAAAUUCGGAUAAUAUAGCCUUGCGAAAUUUGCCGUUUUUCAGUCAUUUUGUAUUACGCAUGGGAAAUUGACAGCCCAAUCGGGUGCAACCCACUGAACUAUAUAACAUGGAAGGCUGACUCGAGCUCAAAAAGUGAAGCCAGACAUGGCGGAAAUUGAAGGCAUUCUUGCGCGUCAUUCUCAGUCCCCUUACGUGCGCGGUCAACAAAACUUUUAUAUUUUUCUUUACUUUCCGAGUAAAAAUCUGGUGAAAAACAGACGAAAUUUGAAUGAAAAGUUGAAUUCUGGUGUUUUGUUUGGGUUCGGUUCUAAAUUUUAAUUAUUAUUUAUUUAAAAGAUGCGAUAUUUGAGUGAAAAGAAAGCAAAAUAGCGCGGGAUUGUUGUUUUUGGAAAUGACAAAGAGUGACAAAACAAAACACAAAUGUCACUCAAUCUUUCAAAAUAUCUGUAUUUGCCCCUAUUGACAAGGGUUUCACACACAUAAAUAACUCAUUAAAAUGAACAGUUUAAGUUUAAAAGGCAAUCAUCAAAGUGAUUUUAUUAAAUAAAAAAUAAAAGACAAACGUUUCUUACAUGUAUGGAAUUAAAUUGGCUAAAAACUGCCUCGAAAACUUCAGUUAAAAAGCAGUUUUAGGUCAGGAAAAUGGACUAAAAUAAGCUAAAUAAUGGUGUGAAAACUGAAAAGCACCAUAAAAACAAGAAAGCGAAACAACCAAAGCAAAAAUAAAUUCCCAAUUUAUAAAAAUACAGAUUUAUUCAAAAAAAACAAAAAACGUUUGAAAUUAGUUGUUGAAUUCGCAACGAAAAAUACAGAUUUACUCACACAUACAGUGGGGAAAUGCAGUAGACAGAUCGAUUAGAUGAAGGAAAUCAGGUUUACAUGAAAUAAAUGAAGUUUAUUUCCUUUUUUGCUCUUUUAAAAUGAAGAAAAACACAACCCGAGAGUCGCGGACCCAUCACUUCUCACCAUGAAAAUAUAAAAAAGUUUGGCCGCGCACGUAAGGGGACUGAGAAUGACGCGCAAGAAUGGCUUCAAAAUCCGCCAUCUUUGGCUCCACUUUACGUCAUCGACUGAAGUCAGCAUUAACGUCACUGACUGAAGUCAGCCUUCCAUGUAUAUAGUUCACUGGUGCAACCUCGUUCCCAGGGUCUCUCCUUCUGUGAAUCGGGUGUUGGGGCAUCAAUUUCCCGUUUGUAAUACAAAAUGACUGAAAAUUGCAAAUUUCGCAGGGCUAUAUUAUUCGCAUUUUACAACAUUUCGCAACGAAACUUCGGAAUAUUACUAAUUUUGUGAUGCUCUUUCAAGCUGUGAUGAAAUUUUUGUCUAGACUUGUCUAGAUCAAAAUUUUAGUUAUAAGGGGAAAGGUCCAUAGGACGCGAAAAGAUUGCUAUCGCCACUCGAAUAUUCAUACAGAUCUGGCGUUAUUUUCAUGUCCAAUAUGCAAUCGUCGUCAUGUAGCUACCGUUAUAGUUAUCAUCCAGUUACCGAUAUAAAUUAAAUUUUUAUGCGUAAAUAGUAUUGCAAAAAAUUUAAAACCUUAAGAAAAUACCCGAAAAGAAAUAGUAUCAAGAUAAUACUAAAACUGUCUGUACCAGUGUGGGUAGUACCAAUGUGAAAAUGCUGUGCUGAGUGGUUAUAUUACUACCUUAAAAAAUAAGCAGAAACUCGACGUUUCGAGCGAAGGCCCUUCGUCAACUCUUGACGGAGGGCCUUCGCUCGAAACGUCGAGUUUCUGCUUAUUUUUUAAGGUGGUAAUAUAACCACUCAGCACGGCAUUAUCAAGAUAAUAAAAUGUGUAAGAAGUUCGUUACACUUAUUAUAACCAAUUAGGUUCGCAAAGCAUUAUGGUAAAAUCGACAUCCGCCAUCUUUACUAUGGUGAAUUGUCCUAAUAGGAACCGAACUUGCAUGUUGCGUGAAUGAAUGGCAAUCUAUAAGAUGUUUCAGUCAGUUUUCCAAAAAAGCCGGUUGUGAUAACCCCCCGAUAUUUAUCGGUCUAUCGAUAAACCGCCCCAACAUCAAUGGUUUAUUUUUUCACCAUGUAUAUAUAGGUAUCAUUGCAGUAUCCUGUGCAGAACUGAUGUCGUUUGACGAAAGAGUGGAUAAUGCUUCAAGAAUUAUUAUGACACCAUCAUUAAUAUUAAUAUGGAGUUUCUCCGAUCCAAUACAUCCACAGGUGCUUCUAGAUCUCAAAAUAAAUGUCCUAAAAUGAUGUUACGAUAACUUUGGUGACUUGGUGCGCAGAUUUACGUUUGCUUAGUAUUAGGUUAUAGGAUUGGCGUUAGGACUGGGUUAGGAUCAGAGUUAAUUGGUUAGGUUAACACCAGAGUUAGGCACUAGGGUUAGGUUAACACUUGAGCUAAGGUAGGAUUACGUAAGGGCAAUGAUUUUAUAAUAUAGUAACGCUAUAUUUGGUUUCAACAUGUUUACAGUAGUGCAAUCCAUCAUAGAAACCACUAUACAGUAUACAAAUCUGUCCUGACCUUGUAGACGUGUUUUUGUUUUAGCUCCUCUUGGAAGCUCCCGAUGAUAUCUUCAGUUUUAAAUUCAAUCCAUCCGAGCCAACAAUAAUUGCAGGAGGAUGUGUCAAUGGGCAGGUUAGUCAACAGCAUGAAUACUGACGAAUUCAGGCAGGCAACGGAUUAUUCGUUACGCUGAUAACGUUUCUGUAGGUUUCACACGAUCCAGUCUUUAGCGCGAUGUAUAUAUUGUCGAAAUCUCGAUUUUGCGUCGGUCGCUCGGUCGGUUUGGAUUUCUGUCUGAAUGUUUUGCGUUAUAGUUUGCGCUAAUUCCAAUUAGCGAACGUAAUAAACUGAUGUCCAGUCCAAUUAGCUAAUUCCAAUUAGCGAACGUAAUAAACGGAUGUCCAGUCCAAUUAGCUAAUUCCAAUUAGCGAACGUAAUAAACGGAUGUCCAGUCCAAUUAGCUAAUUCCAAUUCCGAACGUAUUAAACGGAAAAAAUUGACAGAAAUUUUACGGCGCGCGCGUGUUAUGUAAGCAUUCAUUUUAGUGAAGAGCAGUGCUCCUUCAUGGGUGUCUUAAGCCUAGUUUCCAUUUGGUCGUUAGUUGUCGCUGGCACGACAAGUGGCUGAUGUAAUAGAGUGUCAACAAAACUUUAUAAAACUCUGCAAUCAUUAAGACUGAUUUGCAUAUAACACACAAAAGACUGUUAUUAUAUUAGACUAUUUCACAUCUACCGCUUGUCGUGCCAGCGACAACUAACGACCAAAUGGAAACUAGGCUUUAAACAACACGAAAUAGCCUAAUGUGUGAGCAAGCUUUCGUUGGCAGGGAUGCAACUAACUAAUCAUAUAUCAUUUCAGGUAGUUGCAUCCUUACCAACGAAUGCUUGUUCAUUUCAUUGACUCAACCUACACUGGUAAAGACAGUUCAAUGUCUGACCAGUCGUUUUCCCGAUCUAUCUAUUGUGAGCGUCAACUUUGAGGCAGCACUUUUCUCGCGAUAAUAAUUCCUUGUAUCUCCAUUGCAACCUCGUACCAUGGAUGUGUCUCCAUUGUUGAGUCAAGUGUAGGUAUAGCCCUUGGUCGAAACAUCAAAGUUCUAUUUAUAUUUCUCAUUAGAACCUUCCACCAAGUUCGUGAGUAUUAGUCACUAUUAAUAUAGUUGUUUUGCCUGGGUGGUCGAGGAGUGUUUCACCGACACUAAAUAAUCUAUCUUGAAUUAUAUUUUACAAUUUUCAGGUUGUACUGUGGGACAUAAGUAGUUGGAAUGAUCGUCUACUUAGUCACCGACAAACAUCGAAAGCAAAGAAGAAUACAAUGACCUCUUUGGUAAUUUGUUAUUAUAUGUUUAUACAGACCCAUCAAUACAUUCAUAAGUGCUAAUCUUCAUCAGUGCUAAUAUAGUUAUAUUUGUUAAUUAACAUUUUAAGCCAUCUUGACAAAGUUUUAUUAUUCCACCUGUCACAAAAUAUAACAUGAAAGUAAUUAUUUAUAUUAUUUUUUAGCCUGGUUUUGAAGAUGAUUCGAACACAGAUCACACUCCAGUUGUCCGCUAUUGUGCUGUCUCCUCCAUUGAACACAGUCAUAAAAGUGCUGUUUCUGAUUUACAGUGGGUUCCUGAUCACAUGGAGGUACGAAAGCUAUAUCGUUACAUCAGUCCAUAUUAUACUUGCAUAUAAUUCAAGAAAUAGUCCUUCAGAUAUGUGAAGAAAUAGAGCGUCAUACACACUUUCAGAAAGUGUUCAACCUUGUCUAUAAAGCCUCGUUUUCGUGAUUUGAUACUGGAUUUAGAGUCCUUUUGUUACAGGUGACACAUUUACGAAAUCAAACAGUAAUAUAUAGAGGAUGUUACACGGCGGCGCGAAGAUAUGACUUUUUAUCUUCGAGUGGUGAAAACAAUAUUUUACGAACGAGCGCAGCGAGUGAGUAAAAUAUUGUUUUUAACCGUGUAAUGUUCUGUUUAUUAUAUACUAAAAAAUACUAAAAGUACUACAUUAUAAAUACUAAAAGUCACGUGAUCGAUAUCUUCACUAUAGUGAAGAUAUGGAAAAUAUGUCACUGAAGCCUAGUUUCCAUUUGGUCGUUAGUUGUCGCUGGCAUGACAAGUGGCUGAUGUAAUAGAGUGUCAACAAAACUUUAUAAAACUCUGCAAUCAUUAAGACUGAUUUGCAUAUAACACACAAAAAGACUAUUAUUAUAUUAGACUAUUUCACAUCUACCGCUUGUCGCGCCAGCGACAACUAACGACCAAAUGGAAACUGGGCUUGGCACUGUGACGUGUAUUUUUCAGUAUCUCACUCUCUACUAUAUAAUAAUAGAUAUUAUAAAAGACCUUGGGUCAUCAGUAACAAGAUAAUGCGCUCUAAAACGGAUAUCUGAAUCAUGAAAACGAGGUUCUUUUGCCAAUGCUAAGUACUUUCCGGAAGUGUCUAUUGAUGGUAUUAGCCGAAUUCAUAUUAGAGACGGGGAACUCGUCUUAGACGGGAAACUCGUCUCAGAUGGGAAACUCGUCUAAUAUGAAUCCGGGCGCAGACGAGUUUCCCGUCCGAACUUUCCCGUCUAACUUACCCGUCUAAACAGACGGGAAAGUUAGACGGGAAUCUCAUCUAGACGGGAAACUCGUCUUAAAUUCGAAUUUACCCGUCCCUAAAUUCAUAUUCAGACGAGUUUCCCGUUUUUUCGCAGACGAGUUUCCCGUCUAAGACGAGUUUCCCGUCCCUAAUAUGAAUUCGGC